AUGUCAACAACUAUCACCCCACCUGUGACUGUGCCUCAGUACCUUCCAGUCGAGUCACCAAGACAGACGGAGAGCCUCUCCAACAUCUCAGAUGACCGACUGAGGCCUUUGCCUCCAGUGAAGGAGUUUCAAUAUGGAAACUGUUCAGAUGAAGAAGUCAUCAGAGCUUUGAUUGUGACUGGGGGUGUCAUCAUCCGCAAGGCCGUUGAGCAGCACCACCUGGAUCAGAUUGAGAAGGAUACUCGCCCGGAACUCGGCGAUCCCCUCAGUUCCGAAAAGAACCACAUGAGCGAUACCUUCUCUGAGCAAUCCAAGCGGGUGUUAGGCUUGCCAGGCAAGUCCAAGACGUACAUGGAACAAGUCGUCCAGCACCCUUUGUUCAAGGCCAUCCGUGACGAGCUUCUUACCGCGCACUUCAAGCACUGGUUUGGAGAUAAGCUCCAUGAGAGUCACGGCAAGCCACAGUUGCACAACACCAUAAUAUUCUCUGUGAGACCAGGGGCUAAAACCCAAGGUCUACACCGUGACGACACCAUCUCCCACAACGUAUGCCAACGCAAAACCGCCGAUCAGUAUACCCAAGGCCAGGACACCGCCAUCGGAUUUUUCGUGGCGGGCAAGCCAGCCACAAAGGAGAAUGGUGCUACCCGCUUCAUCCCAGGCAGUCACCUGUGGGACCAUAUGACCCCUCCGGACGAGAGUCUCACCGUGCAGGCGGAGCUGGAAAGAGGCGAUGCUUUCAUACUUUUAGCUAGUGCCUACCACGGAGCGUCGGCCAAUAAGACCACGGACCAGGAACGCCUUCUGUACAGCUGCUUUUUCACCAAGUCUUUCCUACGACAGGAAGAGAAUCCAUUUCUUGCAACUGACUUCGAAACACUUAUGAGCAUGGGAUACGACGAGGAGAUGCUCUACGACAUUGGCUAUGGCAUCGGAGAACCCUAUUCUGGUUAUUGUGACUUUCUGCCGCCGAUCGAGUAUCUCAAGUUGAAGAAGCAGAGAGCUGCGCAAUAA